AGACGCGUGACGAUCGCCGCUCCCAUCUGUGCCAGAGGCUAGAGACAAACCCUCACACUGCAGAACGUUCCCGAUCCGCUGCAAGGGGUUUUUCGAGGGCUGGUGCAAUUGUCCGCCUUAGCUUCGAGUUCCACCUUCAUCUCACACCACCCAAUAUAUCCUCGUCGUCAUACAAUUAACAUUGAAGCUGCAAUUGAGAGCUUCACGCUGCCUUUUACCCUGAGCAAGCGCACCUAGCCAGUGCCAUGACGUCUGGUUGAGAUGUCUGCUAGCUAUCGCCAUCCUCCUACACGACUUACCUGGAGGAAGCGAUGUCGCAUACCGCUACGCCAACCAACACCCGGAUGAUGAGUCCCGCGUUCGGGGGAGCUAUCAAGUUGACCCCGUCGUCGUCGCCCUUCCCCAAAAACACACCCACACGCUCGCCGAUGAAACGCGCCGAAGUGAGCCUCGCCCUCCGCCAGGUCAUCGGCACUACAACCAACUCGCCCAAUGCCUUCGACAGCCUCUCAUCGGGACGCUGCUUCUCGUAUACAGCCGGCGCCGCUGCUGUUGUCGCGACCAUCAACGAAGAACACCAUGUGUCCCAGCGUUUCUUCCGCGCACGACCAACUACAAACCCUGUCAACCCUUCUGCCUCUAUCUAUGGCGGGCCCUCGACGCCGAACCAGAUUGAAACUCGCAGUCGAACAGCUGCUUCCCUUCGCGACGCUGGCUCGGGUAUCUCGCCACAUACAUCACCAGCCCCAAGCGAAUGGGCCGACUCGCCCAAUAAUAGAGCAUGGUCGAACAAAGACAAGGUCAAGGCGGCGACAUGUGUCAGCUUGAGCCCUGAUGGGAGGUACCUGGCUGUGGGGGAGACUGGCUAUAAGCCCAGAGUCCUCAUUUUCUCUAACUUGCCAGAUGCACCCUCAGACACACCCUUGACUUCAAUCUCGGAUCACUCUUUCGGUGUGAACUGCGUAGCUUUCAGUCCCGACUCUCGCUAUCUCGCAAGUUUAGGAUUCUCCAACGAUGGUUUCUUGUACAUAUGGAGCAUCAAUCCUCGAACAGGCGCCGCUGCACUUUUCGCCAGCAACAAGUGUGUCAGCAACAUAAACCGCAUGGCGUGGAUGGGAAAUAAACUUAUCACCGUUGGCACGCGGCACGUCAAGGUUUGGAAGAUAGAUGAGGCCAAUGCCACAAUUCGAGCAUCAAAAGCACGCCAGAGUGAUACGUCUGCUCUCUCGAGUAGCGUUCAUAAGACUCUACCGGGCAGAAAUUGCCUUCUUGGCAACCUGCAUGACGCGAUCUUCACAAGCGUAGUUCCGAUAGCUGCAAACAAAGCUAUAGUGGCCUCAGACAAGGGUGAUAUGUGUCUGAUUGACGAUACCAACGGAGAUCAAACAUUCACGAGACUAGGUCAUGCUGGGUUUGCGGUCAGUGCAAUGGCUGUCGACGUUAAAGAACGGCUACAUCUCGCGAGUGGUCAAGGGGGGUUCAAAACACUCCAAGUUCGCGACAUGACCGAAAGACUGACACCACCGCCCUCGCCCACUCCCCGAGUCGAGUCGCCAACAGUUUCAGUAGCGGAUUCCGAACAGAUCGGCGCAAUCGCUUGUUUGGCCGACUACGUUAUCACUGUCGACUCAGAGCGCGCUAUCCACCUAUCGCAGCUAUGUGGAGCAGACGAAACCACCGUGGGGGAGCUGAUACACACUAUGCCUGCUCACGGCGAUUCUGUGCUGGGAGUUUCUGUUCUUUCGCCAAAUUUCAUGGAGGCGUCCUACUACACAUGGUCUGCUGGUGGGAUGGUUAUAUUCUGGAACCCAGAUGGAAACUCUAAGGGCACAAUGCGGAUACCACUCGAACAGGUUGAAGGAGUCGAUGUUAUGCCUAACGAGUUGAAAACGGUCCGUGCCUCGAACGAUGCCAGCUUUCUGGUAGCUGGAGAUAAAUAUGGUGUUUUGAGAAUCAUGGACUGCAAAACAAAAAGUAGUGUGUUCGACUUCAAAGCACAUGCAAGCGAAAUCACCAGCAUCGCCAUUCAUCAGGACGGACAGCAUAACAUCGUCGCAUGUGCUAGCAGAGAUCGCAUGGUUCAAACCUUUGCGCUCAACGAUAACACAUGGGAACUGCUGCAGACCAUGGAUGAACAUGCGGGAGCGGUAAACAGGAUCGUGUUCUCACGAAAUGGCACGCGCUUAGUCUCUUCAUCAAGCGACCGGACCCUUGUCGUGCGUGAUCUGGUAUCCCGUGAGGAGAGUGGCCAGACUAUGCACGCUUUCAUGAUACUGCGGACCAUUGAUCUGAAGGCCACUCCAGUGUCAUUGGCUUGGGAUGUUGAGCAGGACGACGUUUUGCUCGUGUCAACGAUCGACCGUCAAGUCCACAAAUACGAUACGCGAAAUGGUCAAUGUUUGAGUAGUUUUCGCACAACUGACACCGAUGGAGGUGACGCUGUCGUUCUGUCCUCAAUAGCUCAUGUUCCACGCGGCUGGAGCUCCCCGUUGAUCGCUGGAGUCUCAAGUACGGACAAGUCCAUACGGAUCUACGACGAGAAUGGCGCCUUAAUCGCUCGCGACUGGGGUCAUACUGAGGGUGUGUCCGACAUCGCCCUAGUCCAGUCGUCUGGCGGCGUGGAUAACUCGAACGAAAAAUCUCUUGUAACGGUCGCAGUAGAUGGAACUAUCUUCAUCUGGGAUCUAGCGAUACAGGCGCCUAGCCGUCACGACGUUUCCAGGUCGAUGGAUCUUCUUGGUCCAAACACGCCUUCAAACCAAGACCUGCUUGCGACUAAGCCUCCCUUGAGACGCGUACUUUCAAACUCCGAAAUGGCGCGAUUUCAACGCUCACCUGAGGAUGAUAAUGUCACUCCCACAGGCAACAGGUCACCAAAGUUGCGAACAAAGCUUUCCAAGUUCAGCAUACCAAAACUCGAAGCGUCGCCGAUAUCAACACGAGAAAGUCGCACAGGAAGCUCUCAAGGUUACGGUACAACACGCAGAAAUCGAAAUCGCUCUCCUUCCCCACCAAGUCCUCGUAAUCCACAGCACGCAAAGAGACGCGCAUCAAUGGAUGUAAAGACCCGGUCCAAGGCUCCUGUCAAUGAGUUUGGGAGUUUGGGCGCGUCGACUGAGAGUCUUUGCCGAUCGUUGCGCGCCUAUCGCAAGCGGCUCGCAAACAGCACUGACACUCUCAGCUCUGAGCUCGUCAAAGAAGUUGAGCGUGAACUUGCAGCAACUUCGAGAGCAGUCGGCGAACGCGUCAAGUCUAAAGAAUUUGACGAGACUAUCAUGGCGAAGAUGCUCGAUCAAUAUUCGGAGAGGCUUGUAUCACUUAUGGAUGAGAGGAUUGCUGAACGCGUAGCCUUGGAGGUACGUCAGCGUAGUGAAGGCCUAUCAGGCGCACCAUCGCCCGUUCGAGACACAGCUCCAGAGCUCGUACGCCAACACAGUAGAGAUGCACAGGAUCCUUGCUCCAACGAGACUGCAUCUACUAGUACAUUUGAGUCAGCUACGACAGAUGAUAUCCCCUCAGCUGAGGUUGCACCAACAGAUAUUGGGUUGCUACGGCAUAAAACUGGGUAAACUACGGGCUUAUGAACUGAUCAUGCGAUUCUUCACGAACAACGGCGCUGAAAGGAGAAAGCUGUGUAGACAUAUCUGGCGUUUCGGAGACCUUGGGAGGCUCAUCCAUUUUUAACGAACAUAUUGGCGUUUGAGUUGUGGAGAAGCAAGAGGAAGGGUGGAAGACACUCAGGUCGAAUUCUUCUCUUGAUACCAUUUUCCAUGCUUAAUCGUAGUCUUUAGUACAUUCCUGACUCUGCGGAAGGAGAGAAUCUAUUUUAUUCGAAAUAUUCCAAACACGUAUUUAUCAGGGAAUGUUCCCUCGCGUUUAUGGGCAGUGUGCUCGCGUGUCAUCGUCUUUUCCAGCCAUGGGCAAAUUGUCAAUCAAGACUUGUGUCCAUUUCGUAUUCUGACAUGGCUCUGCAGUGUCGAGGUUAUUAGAUU